AAUACAUUUACCUCAGUGAAAGUGGAAAAACCAAGAGCGAGCUUCAGCACCGCCGCUGUCCAGUAGUAAAUGAUUGAUCAAAACCCGGAAAGAGGUGCAAUGUAGCGGGUAUCCAAAGUGCAAAGGUGAAAAACAACCAAGCGGGAAACGUUCGUGGUGAUCCUCCAGCUGGAAGAGAAAGAGCAUCGGUAUGACUGAAGUGAGCAGCCAGCUUCCUGCAGAGCCCAUCUCAGCAGUAGGGAUAGUUGCAUCUCCCAGCAAAGCCCCUGAUGGAUACUCUGUUGUUGCACAAACAACAGAUGGCUCUGACGCCGACCUGUGGAAGGACGGCUUAUUCAAAUCCAAGGUCACCCGCUACCUCUGUUUCACCAGAAAUCCUGGGCUGGAUGUGGUUACGGAUGUUAAGCUGACUGACAUUAAGGACGCCUUGCCGGAGGGUUUCACGCCUUUACAAGAAACAUUGGACAGUAAGGAAACUGCCACGAGGAAGAGGAGGCUGUGUGUGAGAGUGAGCCCUCGCGCCGCCACUCAGACAGCUGUGUAUGACAUCCAGAUCGUGGCCAAGUCAAAGUACCAUCUUGUUAACUACACCUGCGUCGGGGAGAUCAAUAAUAUGUUUGUGUGGUGCCGACUUGGAGAGGUCCAACUACAAAAACUUCAAACAGCUUGUGAAUCCAACAGUGCAACUCAGGCUCAAACUGUGAGGAAGAGCGCUGGGAGGCCAGACUGUGAGCGCCAGAGCAGUGGAAGUGUCACCAAGACGGCUUUGGAUGACGUGCCCUUUGUCCUCUCUGAGAAGUUUCAUGACACGAAGACAGAGAUGCAGCAAGUCAAUUUAAUGGGCAUUACGAUCAAAUCCCUGGCAGAGAUCGAGGAGGAAGUGAGUAGAGGGCUGCAACGCUCCACUGCCACAGACGCCGCUGGCCCAGAAUGCAAAGCAAAAUGGUCUUGGGCUUGUAAUUAAGUGUCUGAGACAGCGAGGCCCUGUUGGCUCCACUAAGCCCCAAUUGAAUAUAAAAGCAUGGCCCGGGUUAAGGCGAACCAGUCCCUCUUAAAAGCUCCAGCUCCCGUUCCAAAACACUUGACUUUUAUUCCCCCAAUUCUCUCUCUCGGAACAGCUCAAUCUAGCAGUUAGACCUGAGCCGCUUUGUUCGUAAGUGACUGGUUGCGGUUUAACGUUUAGAAAUUGUGCAGACCUGAGUGGCAUAACUGUAGAAAGUAGGUUGUACUUUUACCAUACGCAUGAUCAUGUGUGUAUUUUUACGUUUUGUUACAGUUUUAGCAC